AUGGACGGUCACAACGGGCCAACAGUAGCAGCUAUUCUGGCCCGGCAACUCGAAAACCAGGUUGCGAGUAGACUGAGUUACGGUAUGGAUCCCCCUACAGCUCUACGCACGGCAAUACUCGAUAUCGAUACUGCGGUGACUGAUACUUUGGACCUCACUGGGGUUGUUGGCAGUACGGUUGUUUGUCUGCUUACUGAUGGGUACUCAUUAUGGACGGCUAACACGGGGGACUGUCGUGCAGUGAAGGGCGAGAUAGUUGAUGAAAAGGAUUGGUCUCCAGUGGUUGGAGGGCACGUCUCGUGGGGGGAGAAUCAUUCCGGGGUUGUGAUAGGAAAGGAAACUCAUGGGCGUAUAUUGGUACGCCCUGAUGAUACGCCUGAUAAGCUCAAGUACUUGCUGGAGAAAAAGCUCCGACCGUAUGGCAGUUUGGCUGUGGUAACGUCUCGGUUGACUACUGAUCAUAAACCUUGUGAUCCUCAUGAAGCCUCGAGAAUAGAAGCCUUGGGGGGGAAGGUAACAUGUAGUGAUCGCUCAGCUGACCCCGACUCGGGUACUUAUCGUGUUAAUGGAGUGUUGGGUGUGUCUCGGUCGGUGGGUGUAAGGGAAUUGAAGCAGUACGGAGUUGUAGCCGAGCCCGAUGUGACUAUGGUCAAGACUGGGGACAAAUUGGCGCGCCAAUGGCUGGUCAUGAUGUGUAGUGACGGCGUUUGGGACGUAUUGGAUGACCAAACUGCUGCUGAGAUUGCACUGAGUGUAUCUCCUCGUACUGUCGAGAACAUGAGUAAAGCUGUUGUCGAGGAGGCGAAGAAGAGGGGGAGUAGAGACAAUCUUACUUGCAUGGUUGUUUUACUAAAGUGGAAAGCCGACACCUGA